ACCCAGAUGCUGGGGAACUACUCUGAGACAAUCUGCUCCAAACCUCAGUUUCGUCUAUACUCCAACACACUAUAUCCCUCAACUGUGGAGAGGGCGACUAGCAGGGUUACCCAACAGAGUUCGACACGAUGCAAAUCCCUGGAGGAUGUUCACACUCAAUCGGGUCUACGCCACGACCUUGGAGGUGCGGAAAUUGCGAGCAGCGUCGCUACCAUUAUCGCUGCCAUUAUGGCGCCCCACCCUACGUUACAUCAACUCCUUUGUUGAUGAUAAUGGGAAGGUAAACCCCGUAAGACACGUCCGUGUGAGUUUCUGCAGCAAUUCAUGGAAGGGACUAAGCCCACUGGACUUUCCCUUAUGUGGUUACGCCAAAGGAACGAUUUCAAAUCCGCCAGCAUCCUCUGAAAGCCCUUGUUCUGUGGGAAUGCGUCGGAAACAUUAUCCACCCAUAUUCACAAGUCAAUACAGAAGCACGAGCAGGCCAUAUUGAACGAGUUGAAGGAUGUCACGUGUCCAUACCAAUUCUGAGAGAUUCU